AUGAAUCAUAAAUUAAAACUAAGACCUUUUGACUUUUAACUUGCUACUCAUGACUCUUAGAAAUCAUCUAAACUACCAGCGACACUUAAAAGCGUUUAAUAUAAAUGCUAAAUUAUCAAUAACAUUAUGAAAACAGCUUUAACUUAAACAUUUGUUAGCGGUUCAGACAAUGAAUACUCUGAAACCAUUUAUUAUUUUCCAAUUUAAGAAGGCAUUUGUUUAGAAUCAUUUGAAGCUAAAUUUAACGAAAAAACCAUAAAAGGAAUCAUCAAGGAAAAAUCUUAGGCUAAAAGCGAAUAUCAAGAAAAUAAAUAACAAGGUAACUUUGUUUCAUAUGCUGAGACUUCUACUGAGAAAGAUCAAGACUAUUGCAAAAUACUUUUAGGAAACUUGCCUCCUAGCCAAAAAUUAGAAAUUAAUCUUGUUUUUUCUUAAUAAAUUUCUAGUUUACUGAAUAAGUAUUUUAUCGCUUAAAUACCACUUCAAUACUGUGAGGAUGAAGUCUCUGCUAAACUUGGAAUAAAUGUUCUAACUUUAGAUUUAUUCUGCACUGGAAAAAUUACUUACGCUGAAUCAAGAGGUUAUCCAGCUUAAAAAAAGGUGAUUGAUGAUAACACAGUCAAAUUUAAUUUGAGUCAAGCUCUUUUAUAAAAAGAUUUAGGUUUCUAGCUUGUAUUUGCUUUCGAAGGCAUGUUUGAACCUCAAGUUAUUUUUGGAUCAAGCAUGAUUUACAACGAAGACUCAGUAAAAAGAGCUGUUCUUCCUGUGAGCAACUCUGUGAUGGUUUCUUUUAUUCCUAAUUUUAAUGAAGAAGUAACUAAGGAGUUAAAUGACGCAAUUAGAGCAGCUAUACAUAAAGGAGAUGAUGUCUUUAGUGACGAAUUCUAGUAAAAAAUGAACUCAGAGGUAAUUGAUCACCUGAAUUCUUCAAGAAGUGAGUUUAUUUUCUUAUUAGAUAGGAGUGGAUCUAUGAUUGGAUAGCCUAUACAAAAGGCUUGUGAGGCUCUUAUUUUAUUCUUAAAGAGUCUUCCUAUAGAUAGUUACUUCAAUGUAGUCAGCUUUGGCUCUUCUUAUGAAAAGUUAUUUUAAUCUUCAAUCAAAUAUGAUACCAAUAGCCUAGAAAAAGCAAUCAAAAUAAUAAAAGAGUAUACUGCUGAUUUAGGAGGAACCGAAAUAUAUAAACCUCUAUAAAGUGUUUUUAAGGAAACUAAGAUUGAUGGAUACAAUAAAUAAAUAUUUUUGUUGACAGAUGGUGAAGUCGAAUCCCCCAAAAAAGUUGUAUAGUUGAUCAGAAAAAAUAAUAAAUUUAACAGAAUCAACUCUAUUGGUUUUGGUUCAGGUGCAGAUAAGUAUUUAAUUGAGGAGAGUGCAAUAGCUGGCAAAGGCAUUUCUAAGAUAGUAGAUCUUCAAUGUGAUUUGUCCAAAAUAAUCAUUGAAAUGCUCUCUGUUUGCAUAACUCCUACCCUCGAUUAGUUCCAAAUAAAUUAUGAUAAAAAUAUUUUUGAAUCUACUUAUCCUUCUAUGACUAACUUUCCUUGUGUCUUUAAAGAUGAAGUACUAAAUAUUCAUUUCUUUUUCAAGCCUACUUUAGACUGUUCGAGCUUGACUGAAGCACAAAAGUAAAUUUCAAUAGAAUAUUUCGACUCUCGUAAAAAAUAAAAAAUUUAGAAGUAAAUAAAGUUAGAAAUGUAAGAUAUCUUUACUUGCAACCCAGAGCUAUAAUAAUCUGUAUUUAAAAUUGGAAAACAAAUAUUUUUAAAUGAAAAUAUAAUGUAAGAAGACUGGAACACAUCAUUAGUUUAGUAAUCAAUUGACAAUUAGCUUCUCACAGAAAAAACAGCUUUGAUUUGUGUAAUUGAAACUUUGAAUGAUGAAUAAAAGAUUUAGUAUGAAAAUAUAUCCCAUAGUAAAUAGUAUAAAAACUAUUAAUAAGAUGGGGAAUUGGAAAAUAUAUCUAAUUAGAUUAAUAGUUUGAUAAAAACUAGUUUGAUAAUUAGUUAAUAGUUAAAUAAUUAAAAUGCGACAUUAUAAACAAUUAAAAAGGGAUCAUCAAGUUCUUUAAAAUCCAGAACAUUAUCAUCAAUAUUUACUAAAAUUAAGAAUUUUUUCACAUCUUCAAAAAAAUCUAGUGAAUGCCCUGCUUCUACUAAUUAAUUUUGUAAUGAUAAAAAGGAUUUUAUUGAAGAUUAGCAACAAUUUUUGAACCUAGAGAGUAAUUUUUAAUUUGAAGGUCUAAAAGAGAGUCUAUAAAAAGACUAUAAUCAUAUUAAUGAAUAUGAAUUAGAGUAAGAUAAAUGCGAUGAAAAUGAUUUUGAUGAGGGUUUUAAAAAUAAAUUACCUCAAAGAGAAAAUUAGUAAGAAGGUAGCCUUCCUUCUAUUCCUAAGAUAGAAAAUUUGCUUAAUUUGGUAAAUUCUGAAGGUGUAUGGAAGUUUGAUGAAAGUUUAAUUAAAUAAUAUUGUCAAAAAAAUAUGGAAACAAUAAAGAAAUAUUCCUCUAAAUUUUAAUCUCAAGAUGCAUUUAUGACUUUGCUUAUCGUAAUUCUACUUGAAACCUAUUAUACUUAGCAAAAAUCUAAGUGGAUGCUCAUAUUUAAAAAAUCAAAUAACUUUUUAAAAUCAUAGAUAAAUUAAUCUGAAGAUUUAAUUUAAAUUAAAGAGAGUAUCAGAUAAUUAAUAUCUAAAUGA